UUUAUCCUCUCCAUCUCUCUCCUCUUUUUUUCUCUAUAAACUCUCAUCUCUCACAUUUUUUUUUGCAUUCUCCACCAAGACCUCAAAUUUCAUUUACCUUAUUCUGACUAGCUCAUGGAUAACACCAACCGUCGUCGCCGUUCUAAACAACACAAAGUCACUCUCGAAGACUCUGAAGAAGUGAGCAGCAUCGAAUGGAAGUUUAUCAAUAUGACAGAACAAGAAGAAGAUAUCAUCCUUCGAAUGUAUAGACUUGUCGGUGAUAGGUGGGAUUUAAUAGCAGGACGAGUGCCAGGAAGACAGCCAGAAGAGAUUGAAAGAUUCUGGAUUAUGCGAAACAGUGAUAGCUUUGCUGAAAAACGACUGCAACUUCACCACUCUUCCUCUCAUAAAAAUAACAAACUUCAUCGUCCACGUCCCUCUAUUUACCCUUCUUAGUUUUCAGUGUCAUUUAUAUUUUCUGCCUCACAACAAAAAUUGGUGUAAUAGUUGCAGUUUUAUUUAGCAUAACGAAAAUUGUAUGUUUAUUUUGUCGUUUUUUAUUUUAAUGUUCUAAUUAGUAAUCAACUAUUAAUGA